AUGGUGCUGUCCCAAAUCGAAACCGCAACCUCUCCAUUGCUCCUCAAGGCCGCUCACACUGGAGUGGCCAUCGCCGCGACUAUCGGAGAAUUCUCUGCGAAUAAGAGACAUUCUGCCCUUAAAGCACGUGAAAGAGCCAAUAGGGUCGAACUUGAGGCCUUGCGUUUUGAGCGCAUCGUCAGACAUUGGCCUGUCGACUCAUCGCGCCACGACACCUACAGUGACCAACUUCAGACUUCUGGUGCACCAGCCUCGUCAUCUGGUGACCAUAUUCGCGCGGAUAGCCCUCGUGAUCUCCAAGACGCCGCCGCUGAUUGGUCCCCUCUUGCUACCCACACCACGGCGAUCGAGCUUCAGAUUGAGCAUCUCGUUGGAGAGGGCCUCAGCGACGUCAACGUGUCUUACUUUGAGUACCACGUCGAUAUGACUCAAUGGAGGCUCAUCACGAAACGUCUCAUGACCAAGAACAACCCGUGGCCUUGGGAUGUCCCGGUUGAUGAGCGUGACCUGUCACAGGGCGCCUCUCCUGUUUUCAGGGAUUGGUUCAGUAACCGCCAACAGGCCACUCCCCGCUCGCAGCACCAAGGCCCUGUCCUCAGACUCGUGCUGAGGCUGAGGAGAUGGCCUCUGAAACAAGCCAACAAACUCGACAUUGAGGGCUUCCAUCUCGGGCGUAUCGCUAGACAGUGGUCUCCGAAGAUGAGGCACCGCCCCAGGCUCGUCACUUUCCGCGACUUCAGCGAGAUACAGGAAUGA